CUUGUGAAGAUGUUCAACCUCAAAAUUUCUAUAAGAUUGUGAUUUUUUUUAUUUCACUUAUAAAUAUCUUACUCCAAUAUGCUGGAAGAUCAUACAUUAAAUUCGAGAGAGAGAGAGAGAGAGAGAGAGGAAGAGAUGGAGACAAAGGAUUACAGAGCCCAUGUGUUGGCAAUUCCUUAUCCAAGCCAAGGCCACAUCAACCCAAUGCUCCAAUUCUCCAAGCGCUUAUCCUCCAAAGGACUGAAGGCAACCUUUGCCACCACCCUCUUCAUCUCCCAAACCAUGAAGCCUGAAUCAUUUGGCUCCGGCGUCGAAAUGGACACCAUAUCCGAUGGCUGCGACGAAGGCGGCUUCUCGGAAGCCGACAGCGUCGACGAUUACCUCAAAAGGUUAGAAGUUGCUGGAUCAAAAACCCUAGUUGAGCUCAUCAGAAAAUACAAAACCUCAUCCCAUCCUAUUGAUUGCAUACUAUAUGAUGCUUUCCUUCCAUGGGCUUUGGAUGUAGCAAAGCAAUUCGGCUUAAUCGGAGCAGCUUUUUUUACUCAGGCAUGUGUUGUUAAUUACAUAUAUUAUUAUGCUUACCAUGGACGACUGAGUCUUCCAGUUUCAUCAGUGCCUGUCUCCAUCCCUGGUUUGCCAUUGCUUCAGCUUCGAGACAUGCCAUCGUUCAUUUAUGUUGCAGGGUCGUAUCCUUCUUACUUUGAGUUGGUGUUGAGUCAGUUUUCUAAUGCAGACAAAGCAGAUUUCAUUCUUGUUAAUACCUUCUACGAGUUGGAACAUGAGGCUGUGGAUUCAAUGUCUAAAGUGAUCAGUCCAUUAUUAACAAUUGGUCCAACAAUCCCAUCCAUGUACUUAGACAAAGGAGUCGAAAAUGACAAAGAUUAUGAUCUUAAUCUCUUCAAAUUGGACUCAACCAGUACUAAGUGGCUAAGCACCAAGCCACCAGGAUCUGUUGUUUAUGUCUCAUUUGGCAGCAUGGCUAACUUAAGCAUCAACCAAAUGAAGGAACUUGCCUGGGGCUUAAAGCAAACCAAUUUCUAUAUCUUGUGGGUGGUUCGAUCAUCUGAGGUACCCAAAAUCCCAGACAGGUUCGUAGAAGAAAUGGGUGAUAAAGCCCUGAUUGCCAACUGGAUUACCCAAACUGAAGUGCUAGCACAUGAGGCUGUGGGGUGUUUUUUCACGCAUUGUGGCUGGAACUCCACCAUCGAGGCAUUGUGCUUGGGAGUUCCAAUGGUGGCAAUGCCCCAAUGGACUGACCAGACCACGGAUGCUAAGUAUGUUGAGGAUGUUUGGAAGGUUGGGGUUCGAGUUAAUCUCGAUGAGAAUGGGAUUGUGAGCAGAUAUGAAAUAGAGCGUUGCAUCAGACAAGUAAUGGAAGGAGAAGAAGGGAAAGUAAUGAAAGAAAAUGCUAGAAAAUGGAAGGAAUUAGCUAUUGAGUCAGUGUGUGAAGGAGGAAGUUCACACAAGAGCAUUGAUCAAUUUGUUUCUAAAAUAUCGACAACAAUGUCGUAAACUUAUGACUCUAUAAUUUAGUUUUUG